AUGUCACCAAAAAAAAUUCGCGCCGUCAAGUUCGUAACGGAGAUUUUAAACUGGAAGAAAACUUCGACAGCCAUGGAGGCCGAUGCUGUCGUGGAAGGAUUUUCUAGUAGUUUAUACAUGCAUGGUUUAAAAUACAAUAAAUUAAUCGGCGAUGGUGACAGUAGUGUGUCAAGACGAUUAAAUGAUGUUCAACCAUAUGGUAACGAUUUCAUUAUUAAAAAAAUCGAAUGCAGAAACCAUCUGUUGAGAAACUUUUGCACAAAAUUAACAGCACUUGCUAAACGAACAGACUAUCCCAUAUCUAUAAGAAAAUUUAUAACUACCAAUAUUUUACGUUUUCGAUCCGACAUUACAAAAGCGAUUAAAUAUCAUUUAAAAAAUAAUUCAUCCGUUGAUCAAAAAGUGAAAGAUUUGAAAAAAAUAUAUAGCAAAUUGUCCGUAUCAUAG